GCUACCCAUAAAAAAUCAUUAUGCAUUUUCCAGAGCUUCGCGGCUAAAGCCUGGUCGAUGCUGGCAGAUUAAGAAUUAUACUUUCGUACCGUAAAUUUUGGAGCGCCCCCAAUUGAACAAAGUUCUGCUUUCUUCUGUUGCAAGCGUUCAUUUUGACUUUCUGAAUUGGGGGAGCUUCGUAAAUUUCUAGCGCUUUCCUGGAAAUGGGUUUUCACGAUUUGGAUUUCAAUUGAAAACCCAUUGCCGGAGUAGUGCUAUGCUAAUGGUGGAAUCCAAGUGAUCGCUCUGCAAAUUCGCCUCUCAUGGGGAGUUUUCUCGGUGGUUUUUUGUUGCCUCUGCUGCUUCUUACUGCGGCUCUAAUCAAUUGCAGUUUGGUCUCUCUUAUAGAUUUAUUGGUGUUUCUUUUCAUUCAAUUCAAUGCACAUAAAAUAGGGUUUAUUUUUGGUAGGCGGAAUUUGGUAUUAUGGCCAAUUAUCAUAUUCUCCUCGCUUGUUAUUCUUUCUCAAGGAAUCUUUCUUCUUGUAUGGUCUCUUGAGGGAUAUAAUAUAAGCUUGGCCAAUGCAUGGUGGGCGAAGGUGAUUGGUUUCAUGACAAUUCAGUCAUGGAAAUCUCCUUCUGUUAUUUAUUUCUUGGUUGUACAGCUGUUAGCAAUUUUUGUUGCCACUGCUGAUAUUUUCCGGGACAGAAUUGGUCUUGUUCCAAGGGGAGAUUCAUGCUGGGUUCAUCUCUUAUCUUUCUUCGAUCAGCUAGGUUCUCAUCUAAGGGUUGCUUCCUGUUUACUACUUCCUGCCAUUCAGAUUAUUGUGGGAAUUAGCCGUCCUUCAUGGGUUUCUCUUCCAUUUUUCAUUGGCAGCUGUGUAGGUCUGGUGGAUUGGUCUUUAACAAGCAACUUCUUAGGACUUUUCAGGUGGUGGAGGCCUCUUCAACUGUAUGCAGGUUUUAGCAUUUUUCUUGUUUAUGUGUAUCAGCUUCCUGUUCAGUACCCUAGUAUGUUGAAAUGGGUGGCUGAAUUCAUUGGUCUAUUUAAAAUAUUGUCAACCUCCGAAUGGCCUGAGAUCUGUUCCUAUGUUUCUCUUACACUUUUCUAUAUCAUGCUUUCUUGUGUUAAAUGCGAUCUUGAGGAAAUGGAUUUCAUCUUGUCAAUGAGGGAAAACAACUUAGUGGAGCAACUUCUUCCCUCGAAACAUUCAUUUUUCAUUCGUGAAUUGAGGUCUGGUGUGAAGCAUACUAAUGUUUUGUUGAGGAGAGAAGUUUUCCGAACAUUUACUAUUAACUUUUUCACGUAUGGUUUCCCGGUCUCCUUGGUUGCUCUGUCCUUCUGGAGUUUCCAUUUUGCAAGUCUAUGUGCAUUUGGGUUACUUGCAUAUGUUGGGUACAUUAUAUAUGCCUUUCCUUCCUUAUUCCAUUUGCAUCGAUUGAACGGGCUGCUGCUUGUCUUCAUUCUCUUCUGGGCUAUCAGCACAUACAUCUUCAAUGUAGCAUUCACAUUUUUGAAUCGGAAGCUUGGAAAGGACAUGGAUGUUUGGGAGAUGAUGGGUUUGUGGCAUUAUCCUAUACCCGGAUUCUUUCUGCUUGCACAAUUUUGUCUUGGAAUUUUGGUCGCAUUGGUUAAUCUUGUAAACAAUUCGGUUUUCCUUUGCUUGUCCAAUGAGGAUGAGUGUUCUUCAAAUGACAACUCCAAUGCAGACAACUCCAGUGCUAGAGAGGCUGGAGAGACCAAGGUACUAAUUGUGGCAACUAUUGCAUGGGGUUUGCGCAAAAGCUCUCGACCUAUCGUGCUAACUUUGAUAUUCCUUGUUGCAAUGAAGCCUGGUUUCAUCCAUGCUGUCUAUGUGGUAUUCUUUCUUGUAUACCUUUUGAGCCACGAUGUUAGCAGAAAGAUGCGCCAGUCUUUGAUUCUUCUAAAUGAGGUUCAUUUUUCAUUAUUAUACCUUCUUCAGAUCAACCUGAUAUCUGAUGUGUUAGAUCGAGAAGGUUCUUUUUGUAGGGAAAUUCUGUUGCAACUAGGCCUUCUUGGACGUGAUAGCAUGUGGGACUUCCUGGAAAUAGCUCUCCUUGCUUGCUUUUGUUCAAUUCAUAACCAUGGUUUUGAAAUGCUAUUUUCAUUUUCCGCAAUUGUCCAGCACACACCCUGCCCCCCAGUUGGAUUUAGCAUUUUGCGAGCUGGUCUUAAUAAAUCAGUUCUGCUAUCAGUUUAUACAAGCACAAAAAAUCAUUACGGCCAUGAUAAUUCUUCUCAUGAGAGAAAGAUUGCAUCAUUCCUCAGUUCCAUUGGAGAGAAGUUCCUAUCUAUGUAUAGAUCAUGUGGAACCUAUAUUGCAUUUCUGACCAUUCUUCUCACAGUUUUCUUUGUCAAGCCCAAUUAUAUAUCCUUCGGUUUCUUAUUCCUUCUUCUUGUUUGGAUGAUUGGACGACAGCUAGUUGGAAGAACAAAGAGGCAACUAUGGUUCCCAUUAAAAGCCUAUGCGAUUACAGUUUUUGUCUUCAUAUAUUGCCUAAGCAGUUUCCCCAGCUUUAGGAUAUGGUUAUCCAGAUCAAUUGAUCUUUAUUUUUAUUUGGGUUACAACUCAGAGGCAUCAUCUUUACAUAAUUGUUGGCAAUCUUUGGCUGUGUUGAUUGUGAUGCAACUUUAUAGCUAUGAGAGAAGGCAGAGCAGGUAUAGUAGCUCCGACGAGCCUGAGCUAUUAGAAUAUGGGAGAUUUGGGUUUAUAAAACGUUUCCUGAUUUGGCACUGUGACAAAAUUUUAUUUGCUGCUCUUUUCUAUGCAUCCAUAUCUCCGAUCAGCGCAUUUGGAUUAUUAUAUCUACUUGGCCUUGUCGUUGUAUGUGCCACUUUACCCAAGAUGUCGCAUAUCCCAUCAAAGUUGUUUCUGGCAUAUACAGGAGUUGUCUUGACAGCUGAAUAUCUUUUCCAGAUGUGGGGUAAACAAGCUGGAAUGUUUCCUGGACAAAAGCAUUAUCAUUUGUCUCGAUUUCUGGGUUUACGUGUAUUUGAGCCUGGUUUUUGGGGUUUGGAAUUAGGCUUAAGGGGAAAAGUAUUAAUAAUUGCUGCAUGCACUCUCCAAUAUAAUGUCUUUCGUUGGUUGGAGAGGAUGCCAAGUUCUGUUUUAAAUAAAGGGAAGUGGGAUGACCCUUGUCCACUAUUCGUCUCGGAGGAAAAUGACUAUUAUGACAUAUCCAUUUCUAAUGAGCGAAGACCAUCAUUAAAUUCUGGAAGAUUGUUUUUACAUCCGGAAGGAUCGGAUCAUAUUUCAAGGUCAUCCUUUGCCUCUGGUCGGUCUCAAGUGCCUCAUUCUGCAUCCAGUAAAAGAGACAACUCUGAGUGUAGCAGCAGCAAGAAAUAUUCAUUUGGAUUUAUAUGGGGAAGUACCAAGGAAAGUCACAAGUGGGAUAAGAUGCGAAUUAUGUCCUUGAGAAAGGAAAGAUUUGAAAUGCAGAAAAUUAUUUUCAAGAUAUAUAUGAAAUUUUGGAUGGAGAACCUGUUCAAUCUUUUUGGUCUCGAGAUAACUAUGAUCUCGUUGCUUCUUGCCAGUUUUGCUUUAUUAAAUUCUGUCUCCAUUUUUUACGUUGGAUUGUUGGCUGCUUGUAUUCUUUUGGAUCGUGGCAUCAUACGUAAACUAUGGCCUAUAUUUGUCUUCUUGUUUGCUUCCAUUCUUAUCCUCGAAUAUAUUGCCUUCUGGAAGAAUAUGUGGAAUUCAAAUUGGCAUAUGCUAAGCAAGGCUGGUGUUCAUUGUCAUGACUGCUGGAGAUUCUCUAAUCUAUAUUUCCGAUUUUGUUUGAACUGUUGGCUGGGACUGACAGUCGAUGAUUCAAGGAUGCUUUUCAGUUAUUUUAUGGUGUUCAUGCUUUCAUCUCUCAAACUCCGUGCUGAUCAUUUGUCUGGUUUCUCACUAUCAUCUACUUACCGUAAAAUGAUGUCCCAACGGAAAAAUACAUUUGUUUGGAGGGAUCUAUCUUUUGAAACAAAAAGCAUGUGGACCAUCAUCGACUAUCUUAGGCUUUAUUGCUAUUGUCAUUUGUUGGAUCUUGUCCUGGCUUUAAUUUUGAUUACUGGAACUCUUGAAUAUGAUGUACUGCAUCUUGGUUAUCUUGCCUUCGCACUGGUUUUCUUUAGGUUAAGACUUGAAAUCCUGAAGAAGAAGAACAAAUUAUUCAAGUUCUUGCGUGCAUACAACUUUGCUCUUAUUAUUCUUUCUCUAGCCUACCAAUCUCCACUUGUUGGAGAAGUGAGUGCUGGCAAGUGUGAAACCAUGCAUUACAUAUUUGAGAUGAUUGGAUUUUACAAGUAUGAUUAUGGAUUUCGAAUCACUGCAAGAUCUGCUCUUGUUGAAAUUAUUAUCUUCAUGUUGGUCUCACUCCAAUCAUACAUGUUCUCCUCUCAAGAGUUUGAGUAUGUGUGUCGGUAUCUUGAAGCUGAGCAAAUUGGCGCCAUUGUCCAUGAGCAGGAAAAAAAAGCUGCAUGGAAAACUUCACAGUUACAACAUAUCCGCGAUUCUGAGGAAAGUAAACGGCAGCGCAACUUGCAAGUGGAGAAGAUGAAAUCAGAGAUGCUCAAUUUGCAAAUCCAGCUUCACAACAUGAACUCAUUUGUUGAUGCCAAUAAUGCGUCUCCAGGAGAUGAAUCACGUAGAAAGCGAACUUCUAGGACACAUGAUGACACGAUGACCACUGAUAUCGAAGGAACACUUGGGAAAGUAGAGCAGAUAGUUAGACAAGAUUCUUCUCCCCAUCCUGAAUUGCAGGAAUCUUUUGCUAAUUUGAGAACAGAAAUAACGACAGAGUCAAGAACACAUUCAAUGGAAUUACCAGUUCCAGAAAUUUGUGAAGUUGAUUCUCAGAUUUCAGAUGUAUCUUUAGAUUUGGAUAGAAAAAGAAAACAUAGAGAUUCAGCAAAAGGAAACCCAUUAAAGUCUGCUGUACAGUUUAUAGGUGAUGGUGUUUCCCAGGUACAGUCUAUUGGAAAUCAAGCUGUUAGCAAUCUUGCAAGCUUCUUGAAUGUCACACUAGAUGAUGACAUGAAUGAACAUACCAAUACCGAGGACAGAGUAUAUGAUCAGAUAGAGAGCCAGGAAACUAAGUAUUCAGAUUUGGAGCGUUCUUCCUCGCUGCAGUCUGAUAAGAGUUCUGACCCUGCAAGUAUGCAGCUAGGAAGGAUAUUUCGCCACAUAUGGUCCCAAAUGCGGUCCAACAAUGAUGUUGUUUGUUACUGUUGUUUUAUCCUUGUCUUUUUGUGGAACUUCAGUUUACUUUCCAUGGUUUAUCUCGCAGCUCUUUUCGUCUAUGCCCUAUGUGUAAAUACUGGUCCUGGUUAUAUGUUUUGGGUUGUCAUGCUAAUUUACACAGAGUUGUACAUUUUGCUACAGUAUCUGUACCAGAUAAUCAUCCAGCACUGUGGUUUGACUAUUAAUUUGGAUGUACUACAAGAACUGGGAUUUCCUACACAUAGAAUUACUUCAUCCUUUGUUGUCAGUUCAUUGCCCCUGUUUCUAGUUUACUUAUUUACUCUCUUGCAAAGUUCUAUAACUGCAAAAGAUGGUGAGUGGACAUCUUCUAAUGCCCUCAAUAAAAGUGCUCUCCCAAGAAAACACAGUCCUGCACAUUAUGGCUUGACCGAGAGGGCAUAUGAACUUCUAUAUCUUGGGAGAAAUAUGAUGAUGUUUUUACUCAGGAGUUUGUGCAAGUACUGGAAAUCACUGACUCGAGGAGCGGAAUCUCCACCUUACUUUAUCCAGGUGUCUAUGGAUGUCCAAGUAUGGCCAGAAGAUGGGAUUCAGCCAGAGAGGAUUGAGUCUGGAAUAAAUCAGUUGCUUCAAAUUAUCCAUAAAGAUAGGUGUAAGGUACAGAACCCUCGACUUUGUCCUUUUCCCAGUAGAGUUCAUGUUCAGAGCAUUGAAAGAAGUAAAGAGAACUCCCAGGUGGCCUUAGUUGUUUUAGAGGUGGUAUAUUCUUCUCCUUCAAGUGAUUCUUGUGCAGAAUGGCAUGACUCUCUCACUCCGGCAGCCGAUGUAGCAAAUGAGAUUCGUCUCGCACAACGCAAUGGGUUGGUUGAAAACACAGGAUUCCCAUAUCAAAUAUUCUCUGUGAUAGGGGGAGGCAAAAGGGAAAUUGAUCUAUAUGCUUACGUAUUCGGUGCAGAUUUGACGGUGUUCUUCUUUGUUGCAAUUUUUUAUCAAUCUGUCAUAAAAAACAAUAGUGAGUUUCUCGAUGUUUAUCAACUAGAAGAUCAGUUCCCAAAAGAGUUUGUGUUCAUGUUGAUGAUAAUAUUCUUCUUGAUUGUGCUCGAUCGAUGUAUAUACCUUUGCUCGUUUGCCACUGGUAAAGUGAUCUUUUACCUUUUCAACCUCGUUCUCUUUACUUAUGCGGUAACGAAGUAUGCAUGGCAAAUGGAGCCUUCCAAUCAGCAGACAGGAGAGUUGGCACUCCGUGCUAUAUUUCUUGCAAAGGCAGUAUCUUUAGCACUGCAGGCUAUACAAAUUCGAUACGGUCUCCCACACAAAAGCACAUUGUAUCGGCAAUUUUUGACAAGCGAAGUUUCAAGAAUCAACUAUUUAGGGUACAGGCUUUACCGGGCUCUUCCCUUCUUGUAUGAAUUGCGAUGUGUGCUCGACUGGUCAUGCACAACAACAUCUCUGACCAUGUACGACUGGCUAAAGCUGGAGGACAUAAAUGCAAGUUUGUACCUUGUCAAAUGUGAUGCAGUAUUAAAUAGAUCUCAGCACAAACAGGGAGAGAAGCAAACUGUAAUGACCAAAUGUUGCAACGGAAUAUGCCUGUUCUUCAUAUUAAUCUGUGUUAUCUGGACUCCAAUGCUGAUGUAUAGUAGUGGCAACCCAACAAAUGUUGCAAACCCAAUCAAAGAUGCCAGUUGCCAAGUGGAUAUCAAGACAAGUUCAGGAAGAUUAACACUCUACCAAACCACUCUAUGUGAAAAAAUCUCAUGGGACAAGUUGAAUUCAAAUAUGGUUCUUGAUCCUGGAGGGUAUUUGAGUCCAUAUAACAAGAAUGAUAUUCAGUUAAUCUGUUGUCAAGCUGAUGCCAGUGUCCUGUGGCUUGUCCCCGGUGUGGUUCAGUCCAGGUUCAUUCAUUCCCUUGACUGGAAACAAGAUAUAAGCAUCGAUUUCACUUGGGUACUCACCAGGGAGAGACCGAAAGGGAAGGAAGUUGUACGAUAUGACCGAACCGUUGAAGCUCCGGAUCUCCCCGAGCAAUCAGAUGUCCAGAAAGUUCUUAAUGGCUCAAGGAACAGCUUUCGGAUAAAAAAUGUUUAUCAGAGAUACUUCCGGGUUACGGGCUCCGGUGAUGUUAGACCUAUGGAACAAGAGGACAGUUAUGUCACUGCUGAUCUCAUCUUGAACCGUGCAAAUUACAAGUGGUGGUCCUUCCAUGACAUCCAGCCGAUAAACAUCAGCGAGUGUGGGAGUUUCACCGGACCAGUGGCCUUUGUAAUCUCUGAGGAAAUACCACCCCAGGGCAUUCUGGGGGACACUCUCAGCAAGUUCAGCAUCUGGGGUCUUUACAUAACCUUUGUUCUAGCAGUUGGCCGUUUUAUAAGACUUCAAUGCUCUGACUUGAGAAUGAGGAUUCCCUAUGAGAAUCUUCCUUCUUGUGACAGGUUGAUUGCUAUUUGUGAAGACAUAUAUGCUGCAAGAGCUGAGGGAGAGCUUGGAGUUGAAGAAGUCUUAUACUGGACACUUGUGAAAAUCUACAGGUCCCCUCACAUGCUUCUUGAAUACACAAAAAUAGAUUAGACUGCAAACUUUAAGUUGCCAGACACCUAGAUCGUCAUUAUCGCAGAGGCUACAUACAAAUACGACUAACACCAGUUAUAGCGAAAGCCAACCUCGUGAUCGUGUUCUCUAGAACUUGCUAAUGUUUUUGUAGGAUCUGUUGCUACCAAGAAAAAGGAAAUGAACUGUGGAUUGUUCAAGAACUUUGAUAUUUAUAGAUGACAGCUCUGUUUCUGGUUAUUCUAAAGCAGAAGUUUUUUAGCUUAAAAAAUAGAGGGAUCAGGCUUUGGCUUUCUAUUAAUUCUACAAGUAAAUGCAGCCGUAGAGGGAUUUUUCACUUUUUCUUUUAUGUAGUUUAUAUGUUGAAUUUACCCAACUAAAAGAGCCAGUUUCUCUAAUUUGAUGCAUAUUUCAUGAA